AUGCCUGCUGCUACAGAGGCGCCGACAGUGGCACUGUCGUUCGCCAACAAUUUCUGGGGAAAGGAAGAUGCCGGCGUCGGCCCGCUGCUCGAUCGCAUGCUGGCUGCGAAGCAGACAUGCGACGAGCUUAGAUCGUUCUACAGUGCCCGCGCUUCCAUCGAAGAUGAAUACGCCCGCAAGCUCAUGUCCUUGUCCCGGAAAGCCCUAGGGUCGCACGAGAUGGGCUCGCUGAAGUCAUCACUCGACACCGUGCGCGGCGAGACCGAGGCCAUGGCCAAGCAGCAUGCCAGCAUCGCCCAGCAGAUGAAGACAGAACUCGAAGAGCCGCUGGCCGCGUUCGCCGGGGGCAUGAAGGAGAGACGCAAGAUCGUCCAGAACACGGUCGAGAAGCUGCUCAAGACCAAGAUCCAGCAGACUCAGACCGUCAACAAGACACGAGACCGCUACGAGCAAGAAUGUCUGAAGAUCAAGGGCUACCUCGCCCAGGGCCACAUGGUCAUGGGCCAGGAGGAGCGGAAGAACAAGGCCAAGCUGGAGAAGACACAGAUCAGCCUGGCCACCUCGAAUACCGAGUACGAGAAUGCCGUCAAGGCCUUGGAAGACACCACGGCGAGGUGGAACCGUGAGUGGAAGGCUGCCGCCGACAAGUUCCAGGACCUGGAGGAGGAGCGCCUCGACUUCUCCAAGAGCUCCUUGUGGACGUUUGCAAACGUCGCAUCGACCGUGUGCGUCAGCGAUGACGCCUCCUGCGAGAAGAUGCGGCUGGCCCUCGAGGACUUGGAGGUCGAAAAGGAUAUCAUGACCUUCAUCAGCGAGAGGGGCACGGGCCAGGAGAUACCGGAUCCGCCAAAGUACAUCAACUUCUGCCGAGGAGAUGUGGACGAUCACGAGUCGAUAGCCUCGGUCGACGAUGACAGUUAUUCAGUGGCCCAAUUCCCACGCAGCAUCAACCCGGCCUAUCGCACUUCCUCGCCUCAGCCUUCGACUUUUGAGUCCCACCAUGAUCCCAACUCGGCCCUGGCACGCGAUCUUGCCCACCAUGACAUGGAUACACCACGGAGCAGGGAGGCUACAGUAACCCCACACAAGGGACCAGGCGCCGUCAUGCCUCCCUCGGGCAGCCGGGCGGGACACGGCAUGCAGCAGCAGCAACAAUAUGACGCUGGUCAAUUCGCAGCCGUGCCGCAUGAUCCGUACCCUAUGGACGGCAUGACCAUGUUGUGCCGCACGGAUGGCAUGAACUCGGGCAUGAACUCUGCUACUAGCUCUAAUCUGUCCUCCAACAGACCAUCGAGCCGUGACGACAACAGCGAAUACUCCAACCCGACUUCGUUCUCUAGUCAGGAACCGCCGAGCGGCAAGGUGUCGCCAGUCAAGCAGCCACAGCCCCUGGUGGAGGCACAGCCGGAGAAACGCAUCCUUAAGAAGAAGAGCGGCUUCUUCCAGAACCACAGUCCGUUCCGGCGAAAGAGCACCAAGGACAUCAGUGCGUCCAACAGAAAUACCUGGGGUCCCUCAUCGCAAAGACCUCAGUAUCAACCGGAGCAGAACGCACUGCCCGACAGGACCGUCAGUCCCGAUCCCAUCGACGCCAACGCCAGCCUGGCUCUCAACGUCGGUCAGAAUGUCUUUGCCGUGUCUACGCCUGACAGACUUAAGAAGUCCGUGGACAAGGCGCCUCAAGAAGACAUGGACCCGAUCGCACUGGCGCUCGCGGAACUCAAGGAGGUGGCAGGAAACAAGCAGGCUACUGUGCGGGUAUCGGCAGACCACUAUCAUGGGAUUGCCACGCCAGCACCUGGGCAUGAUCCGUCCCGACCAUUCUCCAGGUCCGUUCCGGCUCCUAGGGGAGGCAGCGACGUGGCGGCGGGCAUGAGAGGCACACCGCCACCGUCUUACGAUCAGCAAGUGCAACGACUUGGCGUCCCUGCAGCAGCAUGCACCAAGAGAGCGAUGCAAGAGACGACGCGGAAGUACGAACAGCAAACACGAGACAUGUUCAACCCCAACCGCCCGGGUUCGGGAGCCUAUGCACGAAGCCAGUCACGACCAGGCACCAGAGGGAGCGACAUGCCUCGCACUGCAUCCCCGGCACCGCCCCGCAGCGCAUCUCCGAGAGUCGACCCUCGCCAGCACCACCGAUCCGCAUCACCCAACCCUUACAGCGGGAGCCAACACCAACGCAGCCAGUCGUCGAUGGGCGCGGCCGCUCCUCGCGGCUCGGAUCAGGGGUACUUCCGCCACAACUCUCCCAACGAGAUGGCUAGAUCAGCGUCGCCGGCGCCGUUCCGUAACGACUACGACCGCCCGAGCAGCAGUGACAUGGCUGUCCAGUUGUCCCCUGGCGCCGAGGACGGGUAUGGAUCUCAACGUGGACGCAACGGCAGACCCGGUACCAGCCAAGGCGGACAGGUGGCCUUCUACGACGGCCGACAGAUGUCAACCUCCCGACAGCGCAGUAAGAGUCUUGCGGAUCCAAGUCGACAGUACACUAAGGAUGGCCGGCCGAUUUUGCAUCUAGCACGGGCUUUGUAUGUGUACCAGGCAGCGAUCCCCGAGGAGCUGGGCUUCAGCAAGGGCGAUACCUUGGCCGUCCUGCGGCACCAGGACGAUGGCUGGUGGGAGGCCGAGAUUCACGCAGGCAACGGGGCCGGCAGGAGCGGGUUGGUACCCAGCAACUACCUGCAGCCUAUAUAG